GCCACGCCACAGUCAGCAUUUGGUCCUCGUUGACUGCUCACAUUUUCCAUCGUCAAGGACAGAACAACAAAUAAACUUCCAUCAUGGCGGACGACGAGAAAAAGAAGUUGGAGGAGGAAAAGAAAAGGAAACAAACCGAGAUCGAACGCAAAAGGGCAGAGGUUAGGGCCCGCAUGGAAGAGGCCUCCAAGGCCAAAAAAGCCAAGAAAGGUUUCAUGACCCCAGAAAGAAAGAAGAAACUCAGGUUGUUGUUGAGAAAGAAAGCCGCUGAAGAACUGAAGAAAGAACAAGAACGUAAAGCAGCCGAAAGAAGGCGCAUUAUUGAAGAAAGAUGCGGAAAACCAAAAAUUCUCGAAGAUACCAAUGAAGGCCAACUUAAGAGGAUUUGCAAAGACUAUUAUGACCGAAUGUAUAUCUGUGAAGAGCAGAAAUGGGAUUUGGAACGCGAAGUUCGAAAGCGGGAUUGGGAGAUCUCCGAUUUGAACAGCCAAGUCAACGAUCUGAGAGGCAAAUUCGUUAAACCGACCCUCAAGAAAGUUUCCAAAUACGAAAACAAAUUCGCCAAACUUCAAAAGAAGGCUGCCGAAUUCAACUUCCGUAACCAACUCAAGGUCGUGAAGAAGAAGGAGUUCACCUUAGAAGAAGAGGAUAAGGAAAAAAAACCAGACUGGUCCAAGAAGGGAGGCGAAAAGGAAGGAGAAGAAGGAGAAGAAGACCAACCCCCCACGGAAGGCCAACCUGCUGAGAAUGCACCCCCAGGAGAAGACCAACCCCCCGCCGACGGCCAACCCCCUACCGAAGACCAUCCCCCCGCGGACGGGCAACCCCCCACGGAGGGCCAGCCCCCAGAAGAACAGCCACCAACGGAGGGUCAACCCCCCGCAGAAGGAGAGGGUACUACUCCUCAGGCGCCUACCCCGGAACCUCCAGAGACAGGUCAACAACCUUCCACUGAGGGAGCUCCAGUAGAAGGCGCCCCACCGGCAGAAGGGGCACCACCAACAGAAGGAGCACCAGCAACAGAAGGAGCACCAGCAACAAGGGGCACCAGCAACAGAAGGGGCACCAACAACAGAGGGAGCACCAGUUGAAGUCACACCGACAGCAGAUGGAGCUGCUCCAGGAACGACAGAAGAACAACAUCAACCUACUGAAGGAGCCGUUCCCACCUCCGAGACAGCCGCCGACCCAGCACCGGACACGCCCGAGUCAACCCCCGUCGCUGAAUCCGCCCCUGUCCCAGAAGAAACAGGUCCGGCCUUGGAGGAAUCCGAGCCCCUCCAGGACAUGCCCUCGGGCAUAAAAUCUCCACCAAUCAUCGAAGCUGCGGCCUAGUUUGCAGGAAAGUAUGAGGGGCUUCUUUGAAGUAGGGUACAUUUUUGCCAUUUUUCUUGGUAUGAUAUGAAUGAGAAAUAACUAUUUUGGAUAUUUUACUUGUAUUUCACUUUUAUGAUUUUUAUUAUUAGUAGGUAGGUAUCUAUACAACAUUUAUGUUUGUAGACAGUAGUAGGUACCAAAUACUACCUUGUAUAUAGUUUCAUCUCAUCUGUAUUAUUUUUUAAGAUUGAAUCCAUGAAUUAAAUGUUAUGGAAUAU